AUGGCACACUUCAGCCGCCCUAUCUUCUACCUUCUCGCUACUUUUAUUCUUUUCUGCGGGCUGAGCGCCGCACUUCCCUCUCUUACGGGUGAUUUGGAACCCCGCUGCUGGCGCAAAGCUUGCGAUCAUUGCGAGCGCUGGACUGUGACUGUCGACCACCCUGGCAGCUGCGACAAAGUCAAUCGCGACGAUUUCAAAGUUGCAGUCGACAGUACCUUCUCCCUCUACUCCGGAAAUUGCAGAGGCCAGGAAGCUGCCUUCAACACUCAAGCUGUCCCUGGCAUCCGGGGUUUGGCCUGCAGAGUCACCAUCAACUUCCCACGUGGCAAGAAGGGUGUUGACUGGGGUGGAUUGAUUGGCUCUUAUCUCAUCGGCACGAGGAGCUGGGCCGUUUCUGGUACUCAGAACAGUGGCAGCGUUCAUUGCGCUGGAGCUUGCCAGUGGUGA